AAAAUGUUGGUGAGUCCUAAGCUUCUCCCUGGAUUUGGCUACAAGAAUCAUCUUCUGGGAAUUGAGGAAGCAUCGUAUAAAUGCACUGACUCCGUAGAACGCAAAUCCCAGUGUAAAGAAGAUUGUAUUGACUUCGUGGACCCCAAAUCCCAUCAUAAAAAAGAUGAUAAAGGUUGUGGAUUCUUGAAAGGACCUGCGAUGUUCAUGGUAACUGACAGUCUCAAUGUAAGUCCAAUAUCUGCAAUUGUCGGCAUGUCAAUUCUAUGCGAACUGAACGUACCUGUGACUGAUGUUGAGGUACAAGUGGCUCAUGUGGGGAAAGAGGAGGCUAUCCGUCUUUUGAUGGCUUCUUUUGUUUGUGCCUCUGCUUUAACUAGUGUCUUCCUUACGAAGCCGAAGCGAAUUGGAGAUUUAGGGUGCCUAAGUUUUCUAUUUUAAGAAGAGAUAUGCACCUUCUGGUACAAAUUUAUGUACCUUUUUUCUUAUGCACCAUCAUCGUUUUGUGUUAUAUGACCUAUAUUUUGUGCUGCUUAUAUUCAGGGAUGCACCUUGCUAUUUUCAGAUAUUAUUCUUGUUAUUUUCUCUUCA